UAAAAGAAAGAGAACAACAACAGCAAUAACAAAACAACGGCAUUCUUCUCCAUUUCAUUUGUUUCAGACUUUUGUUUCAACCAGGGUUUUUCUUUCCUCUCUCAGUUUAGAUCUAGGGCGAACCCUUUUUCUCCCUCUUCACUAGUCGUUAAAUCCCUCCCAUUUCCCGCCGAUUUUCCAUCUUAUUGUUGACCGUUUACUCGCCGGACUCCGUUAACUAGCCGUUAGUUCCGUCACUGUUUCCGGCAAUUGUUCCGCCGCUUUUUUCUUCAUACUUCUCUCUCUUUCUCUCUCUCAUUUUUUUUUUUUUGAAUUUGUCUCAAAAAUGUCUGUGGCCGAAGCGGAGAAAAAGCCGGAGGAGGAGAAGGUUGUAAAGAGUGGGGAGCUGCUGUUCUGCGGCGGAACAAAUUGGGAUUCAAUCGGCCGUAAAGGAACUCCGGCUGAUGGGAACUUGGUCUCUCCCACUCGUUUGCGGCCUCUUGUUGGCAUCGACAUUUGUUUUGUUGCUUCGGGUUGCACGUCUUGUCAUUGCGUGGCUUUGGAUGUUGAAGGUCGCUGCUAUACUUGGGGACGGAACGAGAAGGGGCAGUUGGGACAUGGAGAUAUGCUUCAGCGUGAUCGGCCUACAGUUGUCUCUGACUUGUCGAAAUACAAAAUUAUCAAAGCAGGAGCUGGGAGGAGUCACACUGUGGUGGUAACUGAAGAUGGAAGUUCCUUCUCCUUCGGCUGGAACAAGCAUGGACAAUUGGGGUCUGGCUCAAUAAAGAAUGAAUUUGAGCCAUCUCCAGUCCGCUGUCUGGUUUCUGAAGUCACAAAUGCUGUUUGUGGGGGUGACUUUACCGUGUGGCUAUCUUCUCUCCAAGGAUCUUCUAUAUUAACUGCAGGUCUUCCACAGUAUGGGCAACUAGGUCAUGGAACAGACAAUGAGUAUAAUGCAAAAGAAAGCUCAGUAAAGCUUGCAUAUGAACCUCAACCUCGUCCAAGAGCAAUUGCUUCUCUUGCAGGAGAAACCAUUGUCAAAGUUGCAUGUGGAACAAACCAUACAGUUGCUGUGGAUUCAAAAGGCUUUGUAUACACGUGGGGAUUUGGCGGCUAUGGAAGGCUUGGACAUAGAGAGCAGAAGGAUGAGUGGAUUCCACGUCGUGUUGAAGUAUUUCAGCGGCAGAAUGUUCUACCUCCUGAUGCGGUGGUUUCAGCUGGUUCUGUUAGUUCUGCAUGCACUGCUGGUGGGGGGCAGUUGUAUAUGUGGGGCAAAAUAAAAAACACAGGCGAUGACUGGAUGUAUCCUAAGCCUGUUAUGGAUUUAAGUGGCUGGCAUAUACGUUGCAUGGAUUCGGGUUCUAUGCAUCAUUUCUGUGGAGCUGAUGAUUCGUGUAUUAGUUGGGGCUAUGCUCAUUGUGGAGAGCUAGGAUAUGGUCCUACUGGACCAAAGUCUUCUGCAAUUCCCAAGAAAGUUGACAUCCUAGAGGGUAUGCAUGUUAUUGGUGUUUCCUGUGGUUUGGGCCAUUCCAUGGUUAUUGUUGAUAGAACAAAUGUUGGUGACAGACUUGAAGAGCUCAAUGUUUAUGAUGGAAAAGCUUCCAGUGAAGUAUUGCUGCAGGAGGUGGUGAGCCUGAGAGCACAAGUCCAGCUACUAAGAAAACUACUAAGAAGGGUGACAGUGGAACUUCUACAAACUCUAAGAAAAGGAAGAAGUCUAAGGAUUCAUCAGAUUCAUCAGAUGAGGAUGCAAACAAUGAUGACAGUGAAGGCAGUGAGGUGGAUGCAAAUGGCCAAACAGAAAAGAAGGGAAAACGGGGUGGAAAAACUUCUGGUAGAUCCCAAGGUAGGGGCACUAAAGGACUUGCAGCAGAUAAGAAAGGCACAGGUCGUGGCCGGGGAAGGCCUCCUGCUGAUGAGAAGAAAAGCUCUCAGCGAGGUCGAGGGAAGAGCAAAGCUGGGAAAAGAGGGAGGCCCAGCAAGUGAUGAUAUAUUUUCCAACUUCAAAUCAGAAAUUUGUUUUCCAAUGGACAGAAGAAUUUACUAUUUUCUCCAUUGGCUAUUGUCUGAUUUUUCCAUUCCUUUUAUUCCGUUGUAGUUGACAUUGAUAAUUUCCUUGAACAAAAUUUAGGUCUUAACCCCAUUGUCAAGGGAGGGGAAUGUGGAGCAAAAGCGUCUAGUGGGAUAUGUAUUUUUAA